AUGUGGGGAAGCGGUCUUACCCGCAGCAACACGGAGGACAGUCGACGCAAUCCUUGGCACAAUGAAGCACAAAAUCACCCGGAUCGCUUAGAGGAGGUUGAAACGCCACCGGAAGACAGCGCCGCCAGUGAAUCCGAUGAGGAUGGAUAUCGACCCAAUGCUGGAGGAACCUGGGGAGAGCGGGACGCGGGUGACAUCGACACUCGUCACGCCGCGGAGGAGUUUGCGGUCUUACGAGAGAGGUUGACGACCAUGUCGAGAACACAGUCGCGAGCCUCAGAACGUGCGGACGGACUAGUGAAGACAAUCAGCCGACGGAGUGGGAGGAGCGGAGUACAGCGACGACACUCAGUGGCGGCGACGGAAAGUAAUACUGGUGGCGAUCAUGAAGAUGCGGCUACUGAGAAAGAAGAUGACUUUGAGUUGGGAGCUUUCAUGAAGGAGGGUCAUUUCGAGAAGCGGAAGAAUGGGCAGUCUGCGAAGAAGGUUGGGGUUAUCUGGAAGAACCUCACUGUACAAGGUGUUGGGAGCACGUCAACCUUCGUGAGGACGCUUCCAGACGCCAUCAUCGGUACCUUCGGACCUGACUUGUACAAAUUGGUAUCUCGAUUUAUACCCGCACUGAAGCUAUCCCGCCACUCUCAGACCCGAACGUUGAUCCACGACUUCCAAGGCUGUGUGAGGGAUGGAGAGAUGAUGCUUGUACUUGGACGUCCUGGAUCUGGAUGCUCCACCCUCCUCAAGGUACUGGCCAAUCAACGAGAGAGCUAUGCCUCAGUAGAAGGGGACGUAUCAUACGGCGGGAUACCCGCAAAGGAGCAAGCAAAGAAAUUCCGCGGAGAAGUCAACUACAACGCCGAGGAUGACGUGCACUUCGCAGAGCUCAAUGUCUGGCAAACACUUUACUUUGCACUCCUGAACAAGACGAAAAAGAAGGACAGGGACCACAUACCGGUGAUUCUGGAAGCACUACUGAAGAUAUUCGGGAUUUCGCACACCCGGUAUACCCCGGUUGGUGACGAGUUUGUGCGCGGUGUAAGCGGAGGAGAACGCAAGAGAGUUUCAAUUGCGGAGACACUUGCGACCAAGAGUACUUGCGUAUGCUGGGACAACUCGACUCGAGGUCUGGACGCCUCCACUGCGCUAGAUUACGCAAAGUCACUGCGUAUCAUGACUGACAUUAGCAACCGGACGACUUUUGUGACAUUAUACCAAGCUGGCGAAGGCAUUUACGAAUUAAUGGACAAAGUCAUGGUGAUCGAUCAAGGUCGAUGCAUUUACCAAGGGCCGGCAAAUGAAGCGAGCAAAUACUUUUUCGAUCUGGGGUUCAAAGCCCCAGAACGACAAACAACGGCCGACUUUUUGACGGCUUGUACUGACCCUGGCGAGAGACAAUUCCGUGAAGGCUACGAGCAUAAAACACCUAAGACACCAGAGGAACUCGAAGCAGCAUUCCGACAAUCUGAGAGUUACAAACGCGUCCUGCGGGAGGUUGACACAUAUGAGGUCGAGCUCAGACGGUCAGACUACGUUGAUGCACGAGAAUUCGAGGGCGCUGUCCAAGAAGGCAAGAGCAAAACGGUAUCGAAGAAGUCACCCUAUACGGUCAGCUUCGUGCGCCAGGUCCUGGCCUGUACUCAGCGAGAGCUCUGGCUGACAUGGGGCGACAAGACAACACUUUUCACAAAGUUUUUCAUCAUUAUCAGCAACGGUCUCAUCGUGGGUUCACUUUUCUAUGGCGAGAGUCUAGAUUCCAGUGGCGCUUUCUCGCGCGGCGGCGCCCUUUUCUUCUCGAUCCUCUUCCUGGGUUGGCUACAACUUUCGGAACUUCUCAAGGCCGUCUCUGGUCGAGUGAUCGUCAAGCGCCACAACGACUACGCAUUCUAUCGGCCUUCCGCUGUUGCGCUGGCGCGUGUGCUUCAAGACUUUCCGUUGUUGCUCUUUCAGGUCGUACCAUUUGUACUAAUCAUGUACUUCAUGACGGAACUGGAUGUGGACGUAUCGAAGUUCUUCAUCUAUAUGCUCUUUGUAUAUACCACGACGAUUUGCAUUACGUCCUUGUAUCGAAUGUUUGCUGCGCUAUCGCCAACAAUCGAUGACGCUGUGCGAUUCUCCGGCAUUGCAUUGAAUCUGCUCAUCUUAUACACGGGAUAUGUGAUACCCAAACCACAACUGCUCAACAAGUAUAUCUGGUUCGGAUGGCUAGAGUGGGUCAACCCUAUAAGCUACGCGUUCGAGGGAGUCAUUUCCAACGAGUUCUCGGAUCGAGUCAUGGAGUGCUCGCCAUCUCAACUUGUACCCCAAGGACCUGACGUGGACCCGACUUUUCAAGGCUGUGCGCUGACUGGCGCUCAACCGAAUGCACGCACCGUUCCCGGGUCCGCAUACCUGGCAACAAGCUUCAAUUAUUCGAGAAGUAAUCUAUGGAGGAAUUGGGCGGUGGUCAUCGCUUUUGCGGUACUUUACAUCAUAGUCACUGUGUGGGCAACCGAAAAGUUUUCCUUUUCUUCGGCUGGUGGCGGUGCAUUAAUUUUCAAGAAGUCAAAGCGUUCUAAAAAGGCAGUAAAACAGGCCCCCUCCGAUGAGGAGAAAGCCGUUGCUGGUGAUAGCACUGGGAGUGAUUUGAGCGGCGAGACCACGGAAGCACAACAUGAAGAAGCCUUGGAGCAGAUCUCCAGCAGUGAGAGCGUCUUUACCUGGCAAAAUGUCGAAUAUACGGUGCCGUACCAGGGAGGUGAGCGGAAGCUACUCAAUGGAGUCUCGGGCUACGUAAAACCGGGGCAAAUGAUCGCUCUUGUCGGUGCUUCUGGAGCUGGCAAGACGACGCUACUGAACACAUUGAGCCAGCGCCAGAAAAUAGGGGUCGUUUCAGGCGAUAUGCUCGUAGACGGCAAGCCUUUGGACGUUGGGUUCCAACGGGGAACCGGCUUCUGCGAGCAGAUGGACCUUCAUGACGGUACUGCAACUAUUCGGGAAGCUUUGGAGUUCUCUGCUAUUCUGAGACAAGAUCGCAAAAUCCCUCGACAGGAGAAGAUCGAAUACGUGGACAAGAUCAUCGAUCUGCUUGAGCUUCAGCAGAGCCAAGAUGCUCUCGUUUCUAGCUUGGGUGUGGAACAGAAAAAGCGGUUAACCAUAGGCGUGGAACUUUCGGCUAAGCCUAGUUUGCUACUGUUCCUUGAUGAACCUACCUCAGGACUAGACUCAAAUUCAGCCUACUCAAUCGUUCGCUUCCUCAAAAAGCUAUCUUCUGCUGGCCAAGCCAUCAUUUGUACCAUACAUCAACCCUCCUCGGUCCUCAUCCAGCAAUUUGAUAUGAUCCUCGCGCUGAAUCCGGGUGGAAAUACCUUCUAUUUUGGACGUGUAGGCGAAAACGGCAAAGACGUCACGGAAUAUUUCGCCGAUCGCGGAGUGGAGUGUCCUCCCAGCAAGAACGUCGCCGAGUUUAUUCUUGAGACUGCCGCAAAACCUGUCAAACGCAAAGACGGAACGAGGAUCAAUUGGAACGAGGAGUGGGCCAAGUCGUCCAACAACAAGGAGAUGCUGCAGGAAAUCACGCGGGUCAAUAGCGAGCGCAGCCAGAAGGCUUCCGAAAACAAACACGACGAAGCGACCGAAUUCGCUGCACCAGUGUGGCUACAGACGACUAUGGUCACGAAGCGCGUGUUCACGCAGUACUGGCGCGAUCCCUCCUACCUCUACGGCAAGCUCUUCGUCGCUGUCAUUGUCGGCAUCUUCAACGGUUUCACCUUCUGGAAGCUCGGCAACAGCAUUGGCGACAUGCAGAACCGCAUGUUCACAUCCUUUCUAAUCCUUCUCAUCCCUCCUACGAUUGUGAAUGCUGUGGUUCCGAAAUUCUACCAGAAUAUGGCACUCUGGCAAGCACGCGAGCUCCCUUCGCGUAUUUACGGCUGGGUGGCCUUCACGACCGCUCAAGUCCUUGCCGAGGUCCCUAUCGCAAUCGUCUCUUCUGUCCUAUACUGGCUCCUCUGGUAUUUCCCUACUGGGCUUCCAACGGAUAGCUCGACUGCCGGCUACGUUUUCCUCAUGACCAUGCUGUUCUACUUGUUCAUCUCGUCCUGGGGUCAGUGGAUCUGCGCUUUCGCGCCCAGCUUCACUGUCAUCUCUAACGUUUUGCCCUUCUUUUUCGUCAUGUUCAGUCUCUUCAACGGUGUGGUCAGACCGUAUACGCAGCUUGCGGUGUUUUGGAAGUACGGAAUGUACUACGUAAACCCGAGUACUUACUGGAUCGGUGGUGUGCUAGCGGCAACGCUCCAUGGGAUUCCGGUUGAGUGUGAGUCGAGCGAGACUGCGCUAUUCGAUACGCCACCUGGUCAGACAUGCAGUUCGUAUGCGGAUGGCUUCUUGUCGCAGUCCCCAGGAUAUUUGCUGAACCCCGACGCGACGUCCGGCUGCAUGUACUGCCCAUACUCUUCGGGAGACGACUAUCUAGCUGCGCUGAACAUAUCGGCUAGCGACAAGUGGCGCGACUUUGGCAUUUUCCUUGCGUUUUGCAUCAGCAACUGGGCGUUGGUGUAUUUCUUCAUCUGGAGCGUUCGGAUCAAGGGAUGGAGCUUUGGUUUUGGAGCCAUCGGUAGGGCGAUAGGCAAGGCUAUACGUGGAAUGAAGGGCAAGGGAAAGAAGAAGGAUGGUGAGGGAGAGGCAUAA